AUGAUUCGUACCGUAUUCCUGCUGCUAGUGCUGGGGAUGGGCACGCUAGCAUCGCCUGAGAACCGUCUGCUUACGUUUGAGGUAAUGGACCGGUUGCAGGAAGUGUUGCUGCCACUCUACAAUCAGCUGGAACCAAGCAUGGUGGAGGGUAUCACGGAGGUGAAACGCAAUGUGACCCAGCUCAUCUUUGCGCUCGAGGCGAAAGUGAUCGAAGAAAAGGCAAUACACCUACAGCAGGCGAUCGAUCAGGAGAUAGAGAUCCAGGAGUACGUCCGGACGCAUCAUGUCGACGAGGAGUGUGCACCGCUGGUACAGGAGCUCAUCGAUGACGAUAUGGACGUUGCCGGUUUUGGAUUCAGUAACUGCAUAGUAACGCGAGUUGCUGACGGGCUGCAAAAGGAAAUCGAUGCCAUGUAUGCGGCCGGAUUGUGGCCCGAGUACCGCUGGUUCAACUCUAGCCUACUGGAGGUGUUCGAUGGUGGCAACAUCUUCAGCGAACCGGACGUGCUCCUCACUCGGCUGGACGAGAAACAGGCUUCCCUGGAGGAAGAAGCUGUGCUCGACUUCUUACCCGAUUUGGUGGAGAAUAUUGAAAUCCUAGAGAAACGGUUGAGCAGCAUUGAAACAGCCUAUGUCCAGUGUUUGCAAGUUAAUCUCCUCACACUGAACAUGGCGUUCGAGAUUAUCAAGCUGCAAAUCACGCAGGUUUGCUACUGA